AUGCCGAUGAGAAAGAAGCGGUUGAGACGAGAGGUGGAGGAGCAGCCAUCACAGGAGAGGGAGAUUGUUGAGGGAAAAGCUGUGGAGGUUAAGUUAAUAAGAGGCACAACAUGUGACCCUCAUACUACAACAUGUGGCCCUCAUACUACAUGUGGCCCUCAUACUACAACAUGUGGCCCUCAUACUACAACAUGUGACCCUCAUACUACAACAUGUGGCCCUCAUACUACAUGUGGCCCUCAUACUACAACAUGUGGCCCUCAUACUACAACAUGUGGCCCUCAUACUACAACAUGUGGCCCUCAUACUACAACAUGUGGCCCUCAUACUACAACAUGUGGCCCUCAUACUACAACAUGUGGCCCUCAUACUACAUGUGGCCCUCAUACUACAACAUGUGGCCCUCAUACUACAACAUGUGGCCCUCAUACUACAACAUGUGGCCCUCAUACUACAACAUGUGGCCCUCAUACUACAACAUGUGGCCCUCAUACUACAACAUGUGGCCCUCAUACUACAACAUGUGACCCUCAUACUACAACAUGUGGCCCUCAUACUACAUGUGGCCCUCAUACUACAACAUGUGGCCCUCAUACUACAACAUGUGGCCCUCAUACUACAUGUGGCCCUCAUACAACAUGUGGCCCUCAUACCCCAACAAGUGGCCCUCAUACUACAACAUGUGACCCUCAUACUACAACAUGUGACCCUCAUACUACAACAUGUGGCCCUCAUACUACAACAUGUGACCCUCAUACUACAACAUGUGGCCCUCAUACUACAACAUGUGGCCCUCAUACUACAACAUGUGGCCCUCAUACCCCAACAUGUGAGCCUCAUACCCCAACACCUGACCCUCAUACCCCAACACCUGACCCUCAUACCCCAAUACCUGACCCUCAUACCCCAACAUGUGACCCUCAUAACCCAACAUCUGACCCUCAUACCCCAACAUGUGACCCUCAUAACCCAACAUCUGACCCUCAUAACCCAACAUCUGACCCUCAUACCCCAACAUGUGACCCUCAUAACCCAACAUCUGACCCUCAUACCCCCAACACCUGA